CUUUGCAGCACUAGACUAGUCUUCCUCUUCGCGCGGCGGCGUUUUAUUUGUGCGUUAAAACACGUUGUUUAUUCUAAUUAUUAAAGAAAACGGCGACAAUGAGCACCGAUGAGCACCCCAACAUUCAGCUGGGCGACUACAUCGUCAUACAGCGCCAAAAGUACACAAAGCUGCAGAAAUUCGGCAGCUUAGACACGACGUCCACAUUGGGCAAGGAGACACUCGAGCUGAAGUCUCUGCUGGAUCAGCCGUACGGCUCCACGUUCAAGAUGUGCGUUAAGGAAACAAAAACAGGAAAGCGUGGCGCCCAACGCCAGCACACCCUGGAGCUGUGCAGCGACACGGAGCUGAGAAGCACGCGCGAGGUUCUGGGCAUCUCCAGCAGUGGAGCCGACAAUCGUGAUAUAUGCGACAAUGGGGAGGCGCAGGCCCUCAAAUCCUCAGACAUUGAACAGCUGCGCGAGGCCUGCAAUGAGUCGAGCAAAAUCAUUGAGAAGCUCGUAGAGAACUCUAAGACGUUCCACACCCGCACUGAGUACUCCCAGGAGAAGUACCUCCUGAAAAAAGAGAAAAAGUACUUUGAAUUUGUCCAGAUACGACAGCCGACGAUACGGCUGAUGGUUGACAUAUUCUAUCGACAGGAUGCGGAGAAAAUCAUGGGCAUACGCGUGGACACGCUCUCCCAAAUCAUAUCCUACUCUGGAGUCUGCGGCUUUGGCAGCUAUUUGCUGUACGAGAGCGGCACCAAUGGGCUGCUCCCGGCGGCCAUGAUGAACUCCAUUGGCGCCGGCACUGAGGGCACCUUGGUGCACAUGCAUCCCGGGAAUGUGCCCCAGAAACAGGCACUGCUCGCUCUGAAACUACCGCUCGAACAGCAGCAACGUUGCGUGUCUGUGAAUCUAUAUUCGGUGCUGAGGGAGUUCUAUCAGGGAGAGUCAGCAACCGCAAAUGUCGCCCCCUCUGAAGUCGAGGCGGAGGAAACGCUGCCAGAGACGCCCAACGAGGAGCAGCCGGAGGCCGUUGAACCAAGCACCAAGAAGCCCAAGCUAGACGAAGCUCCUCCAAGUGGCAAUAACAAAGGCCCCCUGCGGUGGCAGAUAGAGAACAAACGAGCGUCCGCGCUGAUGCACGGAAAGUUCGACAGCCUGGUGGUGGCAGCUAAAGAGCAUCCAUCGAGCAUACUGCAGGCCCUCCUGCCCCUUGUGAGGCCCUCGCGACCCGUUGUUGUCUUUAGCACCUGCAAGGAGCUGCUGCAGGAAACCUACAUGGAGCUAAAGACCUCCGGCAAGGUCACCGCUCUGCACGUGACCUCGAAUUGGUUGCGGACCUAUCAAAUACUUCCGAAUCGCACGCAUCCGGAGGUGAAUAUGAGUGGCAAUAGCGGCUACCUCCUGACGGGCUUUACCCUAAAGUAAAGUAGAGAGUUAUGCGGCAGACGAAAUAUACAUUUCCCAAAAUGUGUCGUCCAUCAAAAAAGAAGAAAUUGGUUAAGAGCAGUUAUAAGUUAUAAAA